AUGGUGUUUCUAGCCAACUCGAGCCUGCCGGCCUGGGCGGUGGUCGACUUGUACUGCGAGCGGACAGGCACCGAAUUCAAUGUCAAUGCCGAACCGCUCAACGUGUGGACGAACGUGUGGGCCGUCGUGCUGGGUGUGGGUUUUGUGAUAUUCGCGUUGCGGAAGACGCAAGAUGGACGCAGGAGAAAUGACAUCAGCCUCGCAGGCGGCGUGCUUUACAUGACUGUGGGCAUCGGCUCCUUUAUAUGGCACAUGCUGGGCUACAACGUGCUUCUGUUUAUGGAUCUCCUCUUCCCGUGCUUUUUCGGGGCGUGGUUCAUCUUCCACUGGCUCUGGAGGGUCCUUCGGCUCAGAAGAGUGUGGCCCCGCCUGCUACUGUGCUGCAUCGUGCUAGCCGCUCUUGCGGGCCUCUUUGCACUCGGCGACUACAUGCCAUUUUACCAGUACACGAGCGUCCACUGGCUGUGGUAUGUCGGCCUCUACCCGCUGGCCGUCCUUCACUACUGCAAGGCCAGGUUCCGCAGGUGGGCGGGCUUCGUGGCGCUAGGGCUGACGACGUGCGCGCUGCUCUUUUACGCGCUCGACAAGGCGAUGGAGAAGGAGCCCUCGCUGGAAUGUUGGGCGUCGGGCGCGCACUUUCUCUGGCAUAUCUUCUCGUAUACGGGCUUUUUUUUCCUACUGCUCAUGCUGCCUCCGGAAGACGACGAGGAGGACCUGACUGCGUGCUACUCAUGCCUGUGGCCGACAGCCUUCAGCAAGCGGGAGGCCAGGGAGGCCAGCUCAACAAAAGGCUGA